AUGAAUGAUGAUAAGGUGGAGAAUCUUGAAGUGGAGGGUUUAAAUUCAAAAUUGGAAUCCGAGUCAGAUUCAAAUGAUGAAGAUGAAGAUGAAGAUGUGAAGUUGACAGAAGCUUCAAAGAACUCCGAGCAAGAGGUGGAUGUGAAUGAUGACCUGGCAUGGGAGCUUGCUUUCUACACACAGGCAUUGGAAGGUAAAAGGCAGGCUUUUGUGAAGUUUGAGUCGAUGCGGCUUCCUUUUCUCAGGCCUUCUGACUAUUAUGCUGAGAGGGUGAAAACUGAUACUCACAUGGAAAGAGUAAAGUGCCGGCUUUUGGUGGAGAAGAGAAAGAUCGAGGAGGCUGAAGAGAUGAGGAAGGCUUGUGAUGUUUGA